AUGGCAAUGGCCAUCAGCGGACGAGCAGCCGCGCUCGUCGUCCCGAGCACCGCGGCCACCACUCCGCUUCCCUCCACCGUCUCCGUGAACCAGAGAGCAGCCCGGCCUCGGAAUCGGAAGAAGGCGACGAUGAAAGUUGCUACGGCGCCGCAGGCGAGCGGUGGCGGCGGCGGCGCGGUGCUGGAGCGGCCGCCGGCAUUCGAUCAGUCCCAGCUCGACACGCUCCCCGUCACGCAGGAAGGACGGGACCCCGGAAGGCUCAAGGAUGGGAGGCGCUCCGGGAGCGGCGACAGCUACAAGGUUUUGCUCGUGGACGACGUGCGCCACACCGAGAAGCACGUGGAGAAGGCCUUGCCGCAGGUGGUGCCCUCCAUAACCGCCGAAGCCGCACGGCAGCUGUUCCAUGAGUCUCGGAUGAGGGGCGUCGCGACUGUCAUCGUUGCCGUCAAGGACACUCGAAACAAGGGCCGCAGCUUCUUCAAAUGCCCUAGAAACGGGCUCUGUAGCUUCUAUAGGUUCCAGAAGGCUUAUUUGGAUGAAUUGGUUCGACAAGAAGAUCAUCAGGAUCUGCUGCGAGGAGAUUGA